CCAGACCUCUCCAUUUUUGGCUGCUUUCCUUGAACCUCGUGACUGUUUUCUGACCUGACGAUAUACUUACGAUCUGCAAGUUGUCGCGAUGGCUGCUCCAAUUUCUACCGUCGCGGAGACCAAGGAGCUCCGGGGUCUCAACCUCAUCGCUGCUCAUUCACACAUUCGAGGACUUGGUGUCGAUGCAGACAGUCUACAGCCCAGGGCAUCCUCCCAAGGGCUGGUGGGCCAGGAGAAGGCGAGGAAAGCUGCCGCUGUGAUCCUGCAAAUGGUCAAGGAAGGCAAGAUUGCCGGUCGCGCGUUGCUGAUUGCUGGCCCUCCCAGCACUGGUAAAACAGCCAUCGCCAUGGGUAUGGCGCAAUCCCUCGGAUCAGAUGUCCCCUUCACAAUGCUCGCAGCGUCGGAGAUCUUCUCCAUGGAGAUGUCCAAGACUGAGGCGCUCACGCAAGCCUUCCGCAAAUCGAUUGGCGUUCGUAUCAAGGAGGAGAGUGAGAUCAUCGAGGGUGAAGUGGUUGAAAUUCAGAUUGACCGCAGUGUUACUGGUGGAAACAAACAAGGCAAGCUCACCAUCAAGACGACCGACAUGGAAACGAUCUACGACAUGGGAACAAAGAUGAUCGACUCAAUGACCAAAGAACGAGUGAUGGCCGGUGACAUUAUCUCCAUUGACAAAUCUUCGGGCAAGAUUACCAAGCUGGGACGUUCUUACGCUCGGUCGCGCGACUAUGAUGCGAUGGGAGCUGACACAAAGUUUGUCCAAUGCCCCGAGGGUGAACUCCAGGUUCGCAAGGAAAUCGUGCAUACCGUUAGCCUUCACGAGAUUGAUGUGAUCAACUCGCGGUCACAAGGAUUCUUGGCUCUCUUCUCUGGAGAUACCGGUGAGAUCAGGAGUGAAGUGAGGGAUCAGAUUAACACCAAGGUGGCGGAGUGGAAGGAAGAAGGAAAAGCCGAGAUCAUUCCGGGUGUUCUCUUCAUUGAUGAAGUGCACAUGCUUGACAUUGAAUGCUUCUCUUACAUCAACCGCGCUCUGGAGGCGGAACUGGCACCUAUCGUCAUCAUGGCUAGCAACCGGGGCCACGCCCGGAUUCGUGGUACGACAUACAGCUCUCCGCACGGCCUGCCCCUUGAUUUCCUCGACCGCGUGGUGAUUGUCAGCACACAGCCCUACUCUGCCGAUGAGAUUAGGCAGAUUCUGGCGAUUCGCGCUCAAGAGGAAGAGAUCGACCUUUCUCCGGACGCUCUGGCGCUGCUCACCAAGAUCGGCCAGGAGUCGAAUCUACGCUAUGCCAGCAAUAUCAUCACCACCUCUCACCUGCUCAGCCAGAAGCGCAAGGCGAAGGAGGUUAGCAUUGAUGACGUCCAGCGCAGUUACCGGUUGUUCUACGACCCUGCACGGAGUGCCAAGUUCGUCAGCACAUACGAACAGCGUUUCAUCGGCGAUCAAGGUGCCGUCAGCUUCAUUGCUCCUACGAACGGUGAUGCGAUGGAGCUUUCAUAGUCCUUUCUGCCAUAGAGAUUUUCAAUGACUCUUGGUGCGUGGGAAGCCUCUGCCAUGAUUAGACGGCACUGAGGCAUGGUUUGCAAGGCCUACGGAGGACCAUUUCCCGUCUUUUAUAUUGUUCGGUUUUCGUUUACCAGAUGAAUUGCUUGGUGUAUGAUAAUGCUGGCGCUUUUUCAAAACACAUCUGCUGUGGGUACUGCGAUAUUUGGGUCUCAACUUUGAACAAAGAGCCUAGGCUCGAAUGAUAAUGAUGC